GAAGUAGCUAGCCAUGCUCGGCCUCCCCGCCGCGCCCCCGGCCGCCGCAGCACCGCCGAACCCGAAGGGCAAGGGGCGAUGCAGCGCCGCCCCGCCACCAGCGAUGACAGGCCGGGUGUCUCUGGCUGUCCCUGCGGCGGCUGUCUCGCUCUCGCUCUUCCUCUGGUCCAGUCCAGUGAACGCCGGCAUCCUGUCCGGUUUCUCGGGACUGGAGUCGACUCCCGGCCCCGACCUCCCCCGGCUCGAGUUCCUGGAGAAAUGGAAUGCGGAGAACCAGAAGAAGUACACCGAGUUCGAUAACAGGUUCAAGAAGUCCAAGGUGCUGCAGGACCUGCUCGAGAAGAGCAGGAAGAACAAAGAGAAGAACGAGAGGAUGAUCCAGGACAAGUACUGUCUGCGGGGCGCCGAGUGGGGCGUCGGGGACUGCUCCACGGAGGGCAUGUCAGACCAGGAGAGGGAGGACUUCAUUUCGGAGCUCAAGAAGAGAGCUGGAGCAGAGUAGCGAGCUGAGGACGUCAUUCAGUUUCAACAGACGAAGUAUGGGCACACUUCGCCACUGUAGCAGUCCAGGGAAUGGCCAUUUUACUCGUCAUACCCUGAUUACCAAGGGAAAUACGCAAACAAUGUAGACCAGCCCAUAGGCCACUGGGAGUGCGAGAAUGUUCACCAACAUCAUGCGAGCUCAGAAUUUGCAAUACAUAUGUACCCAUUGU